AUGUUCUCCAAACUUUCUCUUCCGCAGAUUUCCGCUCUCAUUCCCUUUUUUCGUGCUCGCCCAAAGUUCUCUCUGUUUGCGAACGCAGCAAAGUUCGAAGUGGACAGAACAAUUCCGAACCAUCCGUGUGACUUUUACUCCCUGGAAUCUCGAGAUGCACAAUACUUCUAUUGCUUCCGUCAUAAUCGGCUGCCAGAUGCCAACCGGUAGGGAUUUCUCCGAGUUCUUCUGAUCGGCAGGGAUUUCAGACCGAUUCUUAUGAUAGGAAGUGAAGGAAAAGUGAACGAGGACGAUAUCGUUAAGGGCCUGGAACAAGUGAAGUUGCUCGAACCUGAAUUCGACCAAAUAUGUCUCCUGCUGGCUGUUCACAAUCUCGCCACUCCUGUAAUUAAUACUCCUUUACUUUCGCAUUAAAGUGAUAUCAUUCAGGCCAGAAAGUAUCUCACAACAGUGUGUAAUCUCAAGGAGACCAGCUACGUUCCCUGUCAUAACUUCUAUGUCACUUCUUCAGUUUACCCUCAAAUCCAGGCAAAAGUAAACCAAAUCAGUCUUCCGUCCUCAUUUUCCAUCGGUUCCACUCGACUGUCCGACGCCGAAGUUGUCAAUUCGACGUGGAAGUUUGCCACUCCAGAAGAUAUUCUGCAACAAAAGUGAGAAAAUGAUAUAACGACGCAAUCCUAAUGUUUGCCUUCAGAGAAAAGAUCACACGGCUUCCGACUGCUUGCAUAUUCCAUGAGGAUCGUCCAAUUGCCUUCGAAAUGAUCGGAUUGCACGGUCAACUGUCGCAUCAGUACACUUUCCCCGAGUACAGAAACAAAGGAUUCGGGGCUAUCAUUGAGAACACGAUAGUCAGUAAAUGUAUCAGGUAAUUGAAUUAUAUCGAAGAGAAUUUUGAAGUGAACAAUUACAGCCAUGGAAUAAUUCCUCUGAAAUCAGUAGAACUCACGAAUACUUCGGUUCUGAAGCGGAGCUACGAGCAUCCAUUGUGGCAAGUGGUGGCCGACGACGACGGGCACGUUCUCAUUGGAGAUUAUGUUACUUUUGCAUAAAGAAUUCUGCGUGUCGUAUGUUAUUACACAUUACUUUGAAAAGAAACCCCUCUAUGGAAGUUGCGGAGACAACUUUUGGUGCAGUAUUGAUAUGGUACUAAUGACCUGAAGAAACAUAGACAGGACAACCCCUCGAAUGAAAGUGAGAGGAUGACCUUCAUUCUUUGACAUUUUCUCUUAUCUUUCUCUUUGUUCGUCACGUAGUUCGUAGCAGUCUGUCUGUAUUCAAUGUUUUCCAAACUCUCAACCGAACAGUUAACUAUCCUUUUCCCCUUUUUCUCGUCACAUCCGAAGUUUGCUCUGUUCGCCAAUGCAGUCAAGUUCGAGUUGGAGCGAACAAUUCCCAGCCACCCGUGUGAUUUCUAUCUUUUGAAAACGAAGAACGCCCAAUACUUUUACUGUUUCCGACAUGAUAACAUUCCUGAUCAUAAUAGGUAUGUAUUUGAUUCGUUUCUAAAGUCAAUGAUGUCAUUCAGACCGAUUCUGAUGAUAGGAAGUGACGGAGAAGUGAGUGAGAAGGACGUCGUCUAUGGAUUGAAGCAAGUGAGAGCUGCGGAGCCAAUUUUUCAAAGUAUUUGGAUCUUGGCGGCCUUCUCCGAAUUAGCGGCCCCGGCAAGGGACUAUCUGAUUUCCGUGUGCAAGAUGGAGCAAUGCAGUCACGAGCCUUGCUUCAAUUUCUACGUUGCUCCGUCAAAGUUAAAGUUGAUCGAGGAUAAAAUGAACAAAAUCAGUCUUUCGUCCUCAUUUUCCAUUGGUUCCACUCGAUUGUCCGACGCCGAAGUUGUCAAUUCCACAUGGAAGUUUGCCACUCCGGAAGAUAUUCUGCAACAAAAGUGAGAGGGGAAAUGGAAUAGUCCUAACGUAUCAAUGUUUGCCUUCAGAGAAAAGAUCGAAAGGCUUCCGACUGCUUGCAUAUUCCACGAGGAUCGUCCAAUUGCCUUUGAAAUGAUUGGAGUUCACGGGCAACUGUCGCAUCAGUUCACUUUCCCCGAGUACAGGAACCGAGGGUUCGGAACGAUGGUCGAAUGCGCCAUAAUAAGCAAGUGUAUCAGGUGAACCAAAGAAUGAUAACUUCUAAAAAUAAGACGAACAUUCCAGAUCGGGAAUCACUCCAGUCAAAUCAGUCGAGAUCAUUAACGAAUCAGUUGUCCGUCGCAGUCUAGAGAACCCAAUUUGGCACGUUGUUUCGGAUGAGAAAGGAGAUCCUGCAGUUCACGAUUACUUUGUUUUUGCCUGA